AUGACAACGCCGUUCCGUUCUCGACCACCGGUCUGUCCACGAUCUAAUCCAGUGGCUAAUCGUGAAGUUGGUGAUUUCGACCCAAACCCCUUCCUGGCCCACGUUGUGUUUAUUUUCACCACAAAGCAGACAAGGAUCGAAUUGUCGCUGGAUUGGUGUCGUUCAGAAAGUUUGAAUUACGGAAUACUGACGAAGCACUCGCCACCCUCUCCCCCCCCUCUCUCUCUCUCUCUCUCUCUCUCUCUCUCUCUCUCUCUAUGUCAUCCUCUCUCUCUCGCUCUCUCUCUCUCUCUCUUCUGUUUUCUCUGUCCUGGGAUCUCUGCAUUUAUGGAGUCCAACCUCCAAAAUCCGGGUUGGGUUGACUUGUUCGGGGAUGCCUCCGGAUCUCCUGUCAACCAAUCAAAUCUCUCCCCGGGUUAUAGAGGAGCUCAUCCUGCCGGAGUGGCGGUAGGAACACGUCGAUCCGCCAUCUUGUUCUCCUACCUUCUCUUGCUCGUUCCUCACACCAGUACCUUUCAGUUGGUGUAUUCAUUUUCCUCAUACUUCCUCAUAUCUGCUUCCCACGCUGUCAUCCAUCCAGGGAAUAGGUGCUCCACCCGACACGUUUCUUCAGGCAGUGAAUUACGGAAUACUGACGAAGCACUCGCCACCCUCUCCCCCCACUCUCCCCCCCUCUCUCUCUCUCUCUCUCUCUCUAUGUCAUCCUCUCUCUCUCGCUCUCUCUCUCUCUCUCUCGCUCUCUCUCUCUUCUGUUUUCUCUGUCCUGGGAUCUCUGCAUUUAUGGAGUCCAACCUCCAAAAUCCGGGUUGGGUUGACUUGUUCUGGGAUGCCUCCGGAUCUCCUGUCAACCAAUCAAAUCUCUCCCCGGGUUAUAGAGGAGCUCACCCUGCCGGAGUGGCGGUAGGAACACGUCGAUCCGCCAUCUUGUUCUCCUACCUUCUCUUGCUCGUUCCUCACACCAGUACCUUUCAGUGGGUGUAUUCAUUUUCCUCAUACUUCAUCAUAUCAGCUUCCCACGCUGUCAUCUAUCCAGGGAAUAGGUGCUCCACCCGACACCGAAACGUGCUUCCUCCAGCCGAAUCAACAAGUGACAUAGAAUCAUUUCUUUUCCCUUUUCUUCGCCCACCUGUAGCCAUAAAAUUAUUAUUUGUAACUCGUUUGAUGGUUUCUGUCAAAAAUCGCAUUCAUCCCUUAGGCUUCACUUAA